GCCGGCGCCCGCGGCGCGGCCACUCCCCGGCGGGGCGCGGGCGGUGCCUGCCCGCUCCGGGGCGCCCGGAGCGCGGCGGCGGCGGCGGGUGGAAACCGCGUCCCGGCAGUGCUGAGCCCUGCCCGGCCCCGCUCCGCUUCGCUCCAUGGAGGCGGCCAACGGGGCCCUGCCCGAGGGCGCGGCGGGGGCCUCCCGCGGCAGCGCGGCCGCCCCGUCGGGCAAGAAGGAGGUGAAGGUGGUGAUCGUGGGGGACGGCGGCUGCGGGAAGACGUCGCUGCUGAUGGUGUACGCCAAGGGCUCCUUCCCCGAGCAAUACGCGCCGUCCGUCUUCAAGAAGUAUACUACCAGCGUUACGGUGGGGAAAAAGGAGGUCACCCUGAAUUUGUACGAUACCGCAGGCCAGGAAGACUAUGAUCGGCUACGACCGCUCUCUUACCAGAACACAAACGACGUGUUAAUUUGUUACGAUGUCAUGAACCCCACUAGCUAUGAUAAUGUAGCAUCUAAGUGGUAUCCUGAAGUGAAUCACUUCUGCCGAGGUGUCCCGCUCGUACUGAUCGGCUGCAAGACAGACCUUCGGAAAGACAAAGAACAGUUGCGCAAACUCAGGGCUUCUAAGCAGGAACCCAUUACUUACAACCAGGGUGAAGCAGCUUGUCAGCAGAUUAAUGCAGAAGUUUAUCUGGAGUGCUCAGCAAAAUGUCGUGAAAACAUAGAAAAUGUUUUUAAAGAAGCAACAACCAUUGCACUGAAUGCCAUGAAAAAAGCCAAGCGCCAAAAGAAACGGACAGUAUGCUCAGUGUUAUGAUCUGGACUGGAAGAGAGCAUUGACUGCACAAAAGCAAAGUGAUUCCGAUGUUAAGAACAGCGUAACUUUAAAGAACUUGUUAUUUUCCUUACAUCUUUAUAUUCCUAGAACAAUUUUUAUUUUAAAAUUUUAAUUAUUUUUAGUAUUUUUGCACUUUGUUGAACUGCUCUCAAAGUUUUCAAAGCUCUUUAUCAAGGUUAACCAAUGCUGCAUGCCUUUGUCCAUCUGGCUUUUGCUUCUAACUGCAAACGACCACCAGUUGCGUGUCAGACUCACUAUUUAAAUUGCAACAAACCAUGACUGCUACUAUAUGACUUAAGUAGCGUGGGGUUUUUUCCCCCUGCAAAAUAAUUGUGGGAUGUUAUAGCUACAACAUACUGUCUUUUUCAAGCAGAAAAGCUGAAAAACCACAUCUUUUUAAAGGAAGUUGUGUUAGAGCAGCUUAUCAGGCAUCUUUGAAGGGACAGAAAUGAAGUUCUGCCUUAACAUUUUCAAAUUAAUUUAUUUGGUGGCAGUGAUACGAGUUAGCCUCCAGUUGCCCCCAUAGUGUGCAGACAGAGC